UCUCACGAGACUUGGUUUUAGCCAAUCAGGGGGAUUCCUGCAGACGCGCUAACGUGAGGCUAGGCUAAAUAACAAGAUUCAUUUUCAAAUCAGCUACUACCAUCAAACACGCGUUAAGCUUGCCACUAACAAGCCAACCCCAAAGUAACGACGAGGCCCUUAGAAUGGAUUGUGAAGAAAACACAACUGUGUUUUCCACCCUGAAGUCCUUCAAUUCCUUCAUUAGCAGCUCUGGACAUUUGCCCCAGCUGCCGGGCACCUCAAUGGCGUCCAGUACCAACCUGCAGAACCAGUACAAGCGCAGUAUGGAGUUGUUGGAAGCGGCCGAGAAGGUCCAUUCGCAAAGUCGUUACCUGAAGUUGGAUCAGGAGAAGAAACAGAUGGAACUGAGUCACAAACGUGUUCGCGUGGAGCUGGAGAAAAGUGCCAGUGACACAGCAUGCAACCUGAAGAAAGUGGAAGAAAAGAACAAUGAAAUGGCAGCGGUAAUCAAGAAGUUAGAGGAGCGUGAGUCGGAGGCAGUCAAGAAGCUGGCGCAGCAAGUGGAGACCAACCGAGAACUCGGCAAGAACCUAGAGAGUCUGGCCAAGAAGUUGGAGGAGCGAGAUGCCCAACUUAACACCUCUAACCAGAGCUUUAUCUGUCUGAAGGACGAAAUUAGAGAACUUAAACAGAAGCUUCAAAACAAGGAAUCAGAAGAUUCCACUCAGAAGUUAGAGAAACAAGCCCUGCAGGAGCAGCUGGAGUUACAGCGGAGAAAGUACCACGAAAUGUCUCAGCUGUGCCAGAGCCUCCAAGCAGCACAGUCGUCCUGCUCAGACCAUGUCAUUAAAAUCAAGGAGUUAGAAAGACGUCUGUCUCUCCAGGAACAAGACUUUUCCAUUGUGAAAAGCAUCAAGUCCCAGGCCACCAGGGUACCAGAUCUGGAAAAAGAGCUCAAGCUCCUUAGAGAGGAAAAUAUUUUUCUCAGGGAGAGCAGAGAGAACUGUAACCUGCUGAAAGAAGAGGUGGAAGGCCUCAAGAGAAAGUUGGAGCGUAUGGCCAAGACCAAAGAAGAUUUAGUGAACAUGGAAUUAGAGAAGGAGAGGUUGAUGGAGAAGAUCAGAGCGUGGGAAAACCUCGGCGAAUCGACUGGACUUAACAUCAGGAAACCAGAGGAUCUGUCAAGGGAGGUGAUUCAAAUCCAGCAGAGGGAAAUUGUCCUGAAAGAGCAGAACUACACACUCAACAGCCGCGUUCGAAGUGCGGAGCGGUCGCUACUCGAGCUACAGGCAGAGAUGUCACAACAGCAUGGCAAAACACUGGAGGAGCAGAAGAAGCGGGAGACGCAGGAGGUGCUUUUGCGUCGGCUGCAGAAGAGGCUCUUGCUACUUACCAAGGAACGUGAUGGCAUGCGCUCCAUUCUGGAAUCGUACGACAACGAGCUGGCGCCUGCCGAACACUCGCCACAGCUUGGCAAGCGUCUGAAGGAGGCGGAGGAAGUCCUUCUUAAAACGCAGAACCUCAACACAGAGAUGGAGUUGCAGCUCAAAAAAACACAGGACGAGACAGGCACUCUCAAAUUGCAGCUGCAGACCAUGCAGUUUGAGAUGGAGAGCCUGAGAAAGCAGCAGGCCUCAACAGAUGACAGAUGCUCUUUAGUGAGCAAAGAGGAGGUCACCAUGCUCAGGUCGAAAAUUGAAGAUUUGGAGGCAGAGCGGCAGCGUUUGGAGGAGCUGAAGGAAACACUGGAGAUGAGGCUGGAGCGACACAACCUACAGGGCGACUACGACUCGUUCAAGACCCGUGUGCUCAACUUAAAGAUGAACCCCACUGCCGUGGCCAAGCAGCAGCGACAGCAGGAGACGGAAGCCCUGCGGCAGGAAGUGGAACACCUGCGGGAUGUGGUACGCAAAGUGCAGGAGGGGGGCAGUGGGGCCAAAGUGGAUGCUGCCUUGCACUCAGCUAACCUCAGCCUACCGCCAUCAAAGGAGGUUCAGGAUUUGCUCAAGCAGAUUGAGCGGUCUGAGCUGAAGAACCAGCGUCUGAAGGAGGUUUUCCAGCAGAAGAUUCAGGAGUUCCGCACUGUCUGCUACAUCCUCACCGGUUACCAGCUGGACAUCCCUAUAGAAAACCAGUACCGGCUGACCUCAGUUUACGCUGAGCAUAUGGAGGACUACUUGGUCUUCAAAAAGGGACUCUCAGGAAGCAUGGAGCUAAUGGAGACGCCUUUUUCCAUGACACUGGGCGAUCUGGUGGAUCUGCACCUCCACCACCAGAACAGCAUCCCCGUGUUCACCUCAGCCCUCACCAUUGAUCUUUUUGGACGCCAGACCACCAUCACCUAAUAAGUUUUUGUAUAGCUUUUCUAGUAUUUUUUAAUUUAUGCAUUUCUGUUGUUGUUUUUGUUUUCAAUUCAAAAUUGUUAUUACUUCAAGGUCAACUUUAGAGGUAAACACCCUUCACCUUUGUGGCUUUUUUCAGGGUAUGAAGCAAGUUGCUGUAAUGAAUUAAGCAUCAUGAAUUACCAAAUACAUUACAGCUUAUAUUUUUUUAAAAUCAAUUUUUAAGCUAGUAUUUGUGUUUUUAAUCAUUUCACAUUUUUGGCAAUAUUUUUAGUGUUCCUUAAAGGUGGCCUACCAUUGGGGCCUACUACACGAAUAUGUUACUGACUGGAUCGAAUUUGAAUAUUUAGGAAAUAUGGCUCAGCUGUGAAUCAGCAACCCACUUUUAGAAAACCAGAAAAUGGUACUAUUUAUGAUGCCAAUAUUCACAAAAAGGGCCUGAGCACAGUAAAAUUCUGAUUCCAAAAUGCUUUGGGAUUUCACCGAAAAUAAGUUAAAAAUAGUGAUGCACCGAUACUAGUACUGUGGUACCUCUACAUAGGAAUUUAAUUAGUUCCAGGACCUGGUUUGUAUGUCAAAAUUGUUAUAUGUCGAUCGAGAUUUUCCUAUAAGAAUACAUUAUAAUUCGAUUAAUUUGUUCCAAUGCCCAAAAACCUACGCUAAAUCCUUAAUAAAUAUUGCAGGUACAAUUACUAAUAGCAAUUCAGAGUUGUUUUUGGCAGCCCUUUUAAUUUUCAUCUUAGUCUUAGCCUUUUGGACGAUAAUACUUAUUUGUCUUUGUAAUAUUUGAAUCAUCUCAAAAUGUGUUUGUCUUCGUCUAAUUUUUGUUGAGGAAAACUCAAGACCAACUUCGUCUAGUUUUAGUCGAUGCUCACUAAAAACAUUUUCGUCUGUAAAAUUAAGAAUUUUUACUCGAUCGAUAGUUUUCCAACUAUUUUGAAUGAACAUUGACAGACGAGCACAUAUUGUAGCAUCGCCAUCUUUGUGAUGAUAAUACACACUCAGGAGGGAAGCAGUACAUUAUUUUCCAUUAAUUAUAGAUGCCACAAAGUGUAUGUUAAAAAGUUGUCCGAGACUUCAAGAGGACGCUAGCCGUUAGCAUUUGCCUAAUGCGAACACGAAUGCUAUGCUAACGCUACGAGUUGCAUUUAGUGUGUGAUGAUCACUCAACCUUGGAGGUGGGGCUCGAAGGCGAGCGUCUGGUGGCCGGGCCUGUAUCCAUGGGGCCUGGCUGGGCACAGCUCGAAAAGGUAACGUGGGACCCCCUAUCCAUGGGCUUACCACCUGUGGGAGGGGCCAAAGAAGUCGGGUGCGUAGGGAGUUGGGUAGCAUCCAAAGGCAGGGCCUUGGUGGUCCGAGCCCCAGGUACAGAAACUACCUCCCCAUGAAAUGCUGGAGAGACUAUUGCUAGGUUCAUUUUGCGGGUCUUAAUGCUUGAAUCCGAUUUUUUUCGUGUUUUUUAGACUCCAGUGAGGCAGUCGGUUGACGGUCUAAACGGGACAAGUCGCAUAGAAGUGGACCAUUUCAAAUCCGAUGUGGGUCACUUUCGUAUGUUGUUUAAAUCUGUUUUGGGCCUGAUUUUUCCAGAAUGUUGUCAUGGUCUAAACUGUCAAGUCUCCCAAAUCGGAAUUCAUGCAACAAUUACAUCAGCAAAGAGCGAGAACAGCAAGCAAGACGACAGCGAUGUAGCUGUUCAUUAGCGGUAGCACCUACCUUGAACUCAGCUUUGACUACGCAGGAGGCGGGCUUGACCAAGUCAUAAAAAAAAUCAAUGAAGAAAAGAAUGAGCCUGACAAUGCUCGGUUUCUUUCUUUACGCCAAAUGAGCAAUAUUUCAGUAUUGUUUACAUGGCCAAGUCUGGGCAAACCCAUGCACACACAUAAGGCUUAUGUGUGUGCGCCAUACGCACAGUGCGUAUUUAUUUGUUUUCAUGCUUCUGCGCAUGCAGGUCAGUUUGCGUAGCGUGUGUCGGACUGCGAAUUAGUGCACAUGUAUAAUACAGUGGCACCUCUACAUAUGAAGUUAAUUCGUUCCAGGACCUUGUUUGUAAGUCGAAAUGACCGUAUGUCGAGCAGGAUUUUCCCGUAAGAAUACAUUGUAAUUCCAUUAAUUUGUUCCACAGCCCAAAAACCUACACUAAAUCCUUAAUAAAUACUGCUGGUACUAUUACAAAUGGCAAUUACACAUAGUAAAAUACAUAAAUUAUUAAUAAAAACUGGAAUAAUGAAAUAAUAAUUCCUGUAAUAAUGUAACUAAUUGAGUUCUAAUGUGAUAAGACAUUUUUUGCUGUAUCUAAAUGCACCGCGUGGCUGACGUGACGGUGAGUUAGAGUGCAGUUCUAUUUUACUUCCUCGUUUAAUUUUUUGUUGUCGCCGUCAUAUGGAGCAGACAGCAGGCAUUUUCUGUUGCAAAAGUUCUGAAAUUAAUCACGGGAAAGCGCUGCUGUCGAUUGGGUUGAACUGGGGCUUCUUCCCCAGCGGCUUUCAGGCUGGCUCCCCACCGCGGCCGGUAUUCUCACCUUCAUUGCACCUCUGGGUUUCGUCGCUGGGAGGACCCUCCGGGUAAGUGUGACCUUUUUCUCUUGACCACCUGCACUAACCUUCUUGGAACCUGUGUUGAUUUCUCUCACAAGAAAUCCGUCAUGUUGUCGUAUUUCGAGCAUGUCGUCGGAAGUAGAAACAAAUGGCGAGUCAAAUUUUACGUCAGAUGUCGAAAAGGCCGUGUGUCGAUAAGCUCGUACCACUGUACUUGAAUGAGCUCAAUGGACAAAGGCAGCCUGAAAGGGCAUGCCAAAAAAACAAAUAUGACAAAAAAAUGGAAUUGUGUAUUAAGACCUGCAGUAUGAACCUAGUGGCUGGGGAGAGGGAAAUCUGGCUUCACUGCUGAAGCUGCUACGACCCGAGCCCGGAUUAAGCGGUAGAUAAUGAAUGGAUGGAUGGUCAGUCAGCGGCGUCAGCACAGACCUUUAUAGGCGAAAGCAACAUUGCAUAUUUUCUGUGGCCAAUAAAACAAAUCUUACCGUGUGUGCAAGCCUGCAUGGACACUGGAGAUGACACACUGGUGAGUCGGGAAGGAGGGGGGGGCACACAGGGAACAUGCUGCUACGAUGCAGGCUAACUACAUAUGAAAUGUCACACCUUUUGAACAUGUGACGUCUCAUCAGACGAAAACUGGCAUUGGUCCCGUUAUGUUUUAGUCUCCCAAGACACGUUUUUUGCCUGUUAUCGUCUUGUCAUCGUCAUGAAAAAAGUGUUAGUUGACGAAAUAUUUCGUUAUCGUCAUCGUUUACGAAAACAACACAGUAACAAUUACCCAUAGCAAAAAAGAAAUAUAAAUACAAAUCGGAAUAAAUUUAAUACAGGUAAUAAUAAUUAUAAAUGAAUGUAACGAAUCAGGUUCUCAUGUGGCAGUUGUGUUUUGCAUGCUGUUGCUGAACGCACUAUGUUACUGACGAGAGUGAAAGAGGUGUGGAAUAGUGGUUUUUACUUUCUCUUUUCGUGGUUCUGUUGUUGUUGUCGGGGGUGAGCCGCAUUGUCUAGCCAAUUCACUCACGCUCAUAUUUUUCUUUCAUUUCCCUCUUAAUUUCAAUGGUAAGCGUCACCGUUUUCCUUUUUUGACGAACUGCAAUAACCUUAUUGGGACCCACGUUGGUUUCUCUAACAAGAAAAUUCGCCGGUCUUGAUGAAUGAACUAAUAAAAUUGCGAGUCUUGCGACUGACAUAAAUCCUAUUUUGAGCAUGUCAAAUGUCGAAUCAAAUUCUACGCCGGCUGUCGAAAGGAUCGUAUGUCGAUGCGAUCGUAUGUUGUCGAGGUAUCACCGUAUCAGUAUUGGUACCAAUACGACACUAAAAUGACAUCGGUAUCAUAAGAAGAACUGACGCACCAAUGCUGCGCAAUAUACACUCUUCAAGAUCUACCAAAGAUGGUAACCAGCUACACACACUACAAUUUAAAAAAGGAGCACUUUUCCCCAUUUCCAAAAUGAUGAUGGACGUCCAAUCCAUUUGAAUUGGGAGGGAAGCAGGGAAUGAAAUGUUGCCUUUUUUUUUCUUUAAUUUUCUUAAAACAUUUUUUUUAAAUUAAGGUUUAAAAAAUCUUUCACUCGGGUUUAGUAGAUGCUAAAAUAUGUAUGAUGCAAAUUGGCAACAACAGGCAUUUAUGGUAAAAAAAGAAAAAAGUAUUGAGGCUGUUAUGAUCUGAAAUGUCACUAAUUCAUGACAGGAGGCCUCUGGGGUUUCGUGUUCUGUAUUUUUCUCCCUAAAUAGUAAUUUUUCGCUGCAGCAAGUUGGACGCUAACGUGUAUAAAAAUUUGACUGCUAUAUACAUUUUCAUUUGUUUCAUAAAUGUUGACCUACAAAUAGAGGAUAGUUUUUUAUUGGCUCACUUUUUACGGCUCACCAAGAGACUGUUUAAGCUGUGAAGGUCAUGGCUGGCAUUCGCCGGUCCUAUGAAAUUAAUGUACCACACAGGCGUUUUUUCUGAUUGCAUCAUAUGCAAUAAUCAAUAAACUAUGAGCGCGUGACGUGAAAGAAAUGGAGCAAUUACGAGACCAAAUAUUUCACUGACAUCGUGUAACCACAAUGGCACUGACCCCGCUGAAGUUGUCAGUCACACUCCAGUCACCGAGGUUGAAUUUUAGGAGCUUUUGGUAACAAGGUCAUGAGACUUGAGAAAUGCUGCCUUGUAAAAUGGAUAGGCAUUUUAUUUAUUUGUGAUAGAGUGUGUCACCAAGUGAUCAAGCAGUGAACGAGAGCAAAACAAGUAAGACGUCAAAAAAGAGGCACACAACUCAGACAAUAUUGUCUAAUGUUUGAUGUCACUUCCUCAUUAGUUCUAAUGUAUUUUAGAGCACUGCUACAAAAAAAUAACAUUUUGAAUUUUACCUCAUAAAUGAUAACUGUGUUCCUCUACAUAACCAUGGCUUGAGGAAAUGUUAAGGACUAGGGAUGUCCCGAUCCGAUCACACCAUUUUUCAGAGGAUCGGAAUCGGGUGAGAAGGAUCGGUUUUUAAUUUUAAAAAUAUAUGUUUUUUUGCUACAUGCCCAUAGAGCCUCUCAUCCUCCCUCCUGGGGCUUUUCUUGGUCACCAACCUCUACGAUCAAAAGGCACAUAUGUGUUAAUUAUCGUUAAGUGUGCUGUGGUAGUGUGAGUGAAUUUGAGUGGACUCACUCAAUGAAGCAUUUAAUAAAGACAUUUUUCUACAUUAAACAUUAUUAGUUCUGGAAUUGUGGGUUCAAUCCCGGCUCCGGAAAAAUGUAGGUGCACCCACAUUUUGUGCUGCUGUACCGUAAGAAAAAGAAGCACCAGUGCAGCGAAAGCCCCUUUCACAUACAGUAAAACACAGUUUAAAAAAUCGCAGGAUUUAAACGGGAAGGCAUUGUAUGUGAAAGCAAUUUCGCGGGUCGACUGACACGGAGAUUACGCGGACAUUUAACUGGUCGCAUUUUAGUAUAAUGUCCGGGACUUUCCCAGGACGAGGCGUAUUUGAAAGCAAGCAUCAAAUUUCCGGGUCACAGCACGAUGGCUGUAUAUGGACGUAAUAUCAUUGCGGGCCGAUCGUCACUUCUUCUUUCUUCGCAGACGAAAAGCGGUAAACAAACAAUGCAAACAAACAUUGCAAUUAUCAACAAAACAAGCUGGAAGUAGCUAAAUUAAACUGAAAACGAAUAACGAAUAACUGAUAACGAAAUUAAAUUGCUACUGGAUCGUAGUGUUGAGGAAGAGAGUCCAUUGUCCAUCUUUGGAAAUGUGUGGUUAAUUUUGUUGCUGAUGUUAGGGUCCGCAACUGCGGAAAAAAGGUUGUACCUUAAAGAAAAAUCAACGUAGAAAUUUGUUCAAGGGUUUAUUAAAUACAAACAAAAAUGCACACGAUCGCGGAAAAGGGGGAAUAACACAAUGGGUCCGUGACAGUAGGUCGACGGGGAUCAAUAAUACUAAUUGUAAUAAUUUCAAAACAAGGGCGGCAGAAAAACAAACUAGCAAAUGCACGAAAUCCGAGAGUACACUGUGCCGAAUGGUGACCAGCAAGUUAAUAUCUCAAAAUCCUUCUCUUGGAUAGCCUGGGCUUAAAGUGCGUAAAUGGUGUUACUCGUUUAUUUCUUAUUUCAAUUGGUAUUUCAUGCUCCUGAAUGAAAAGGACCACUUGGAUGUGUGUGGAAGCGAUUUAUUCCAUUUUUGAAUCCCGCGCCAUUAAAAUUGGUGACUUCCGGCUCCAGUCUCGGGUUUAGGAGGAAUACGAAUGUGACAUCACCCGGGUCAGCAUCUCACAACAGACCAUUGCUUUAUAGCAUUAAAUUAAUUUGUUUAUUUUUCGCAUCACGCCAGCCAAACAGCUGCAGGGUUUUGUAGCUGCACUAGGGAGAGGCAUGUGAGUCGUUUUGGGUUUCAAAAAGUUCCCGUUCACCCUGAGAUCGGCCAAAACAAGUGUGCAACAACUGUAGGAGCAUUGGACUUACGAGGAAGUGAGUAAACAUGUUAUGCAUGUGACGUGUUAUGCAUUAUGUCAAAAACUGCAAUCAUCGUACACGUUUUAAUGCUGCUUGUCCACCGAGAAUGCCACUCGGCCGACGACCGGCGGCUCCCCCCCCCCGCGGGGAGAGCGCUAUACUCACCUUAUUGCCCUCUUCCUGUGCCCGGUGUUCUGUCAAAUUUUCCACCCCAUCAGAAAUUUCAACUUUUUGUUAAAAAUGGCUGGGAAUACAGUGUUUGAUCAUGGACGGAUAUGUAGAAAAGUUCUCAGACACAACAUGCCUUGUUAGCUGUACACAACAACUGCACAUCGCACUCUCUGUUUACGUUUUCGCCAUGUUUUUAAGCAUUAAUUUACGCCACAUUCGUGUUGACCAUCUGGCAUCUACACACUCCUCCAACGUCGGCCGGUUUGUCCGGCGGUCAUUCUCCAGCUGCUUCCCAGGCAAACGAACUCUCCUGCUUUUAGCAGGGUAGCAACAAGCUGUAAGUUGCUCGCCACCGGGACACAACCCCGCCACCGUGUGACAUGAUCCGGGGCAGUUUUGUGUGAUUUUUCGCUUCGAAAGCGAAAAUAACACUUUGAGACGUCACUCUGUUUGGGUUAGCAUGUCGGCUAGCUGUCACACCACCUGGUUUGUUUAUACUCUCCGAAGCCAGGGCAGGGAAAUGUCAAAAGCCGACUAACUCCAGUGGCAUGAAAUAUCGUUCAGGAGGUGCCAAGUCGACAGUUUUGACUAUUAUGUAGUAAUUUUGCCAUGUCCUACUGAAUAAAUGCAUUUUAAUAUUUCAUAUCCCAUUUAGAACAAGACUGUUAUUUAAUAAUGUCAUUUAAUUAGCAAUUGGGGAAAAAUACUUGGCUAAAAGGAAUAUCCUGUAAAAAUAUUGUUGUAGAUAGAUUGAAACAAUGACAUUUUGCUGCUCUCUUCAUCGCGUUUUCCUGGUUCUGAAUAAUUCCCCUCAAUGGCGACGACGUCAUCCUCCAUUUUGGGAUGCUAGAGCGGUAUAAAGGUAGGCGGGGCUAAACGGCAGAUUAAAAGACUAAUUUCUCGUCAUCUGCGCUUCGCCAAAUUGUUGUAUGUCGUCGAAUCGUCUCAAAAUAUGAUUCUCAUUCACAUAAUAAAGCUAUUUAAGACUUUUUUUAUCCUGUCAUACGCACUUUAAAUACAGUCUUGGUGAGCUUGAAUUGGCUGCAGGUGCGACCUUGGGAACACUCCCACAACCGGCUCUGUAACAAAAUACAAUCUGACCAACAUUGUGACAGUUGAUGCUGACCAAAAAUGACGUAAUGUCUGGGUUAUAGAAUCGUACCAGCAGCCGUCCCCGCAUAGAGAGCGCCAGUGGGCAAUACGGGACAAGUCUGUGAAAGUGCCCAACCCGCAUCAUCCCUGGGAUAUAGCUACAUGCGUGAAAGCAAUGAUGCGAGUAAAUCCCACGCCACUUUACAUGGGAAUUUACCGGGAUACGUUUGUGAAAGGGGCUUAAUUCAAAAAGUAAGUGUGGAGCCUUGGCAAUAUAUUUGGCAAUGUUAAUUUUUCCCAAUAUCAUUCAGGACUAAUUUGUAUAUACUGCAUAUAUACUGUAUAUUUUUUUAACAUUUUACGGGCUAAAAAGUAACAAAAUAAUGCAGAAAUACAAUGGCAUUGCCAAAAGAUACAAAAAUAUAUCCAUUUUAUACUCUGCAACACUCCCAAGAAAAGCAGAAGAGGAACUAAUGUAAAAAGUACAGUCCUGUAACAUAUUUGGAACUUUUGUUCCAAAAAAAAAAAAAAAAUUCAGUAUCUACUCAGAUGACUCGGACUCGGGUGCAAAAAUAUGUGAUCGGGACAUCCCUCAUGCCAUCUGGGAUUGCCCCCCCAAAAAAUUCCCAGCUUGAAGGAGCACACUAACGGUGUUGGCAUACAUUUCUUCAUAAUAGUUUUUUUUUCUCUUGAAAACUACACUUUAAAAAAAUAUUUGUAAUCUGUACUUCUACCCAAGUAAGUCAAUAUUCGAAAAACACGAAGUUCAGCCAUCUAAAGACUAUUUACCACGACUCACCCAAACAGAACAUGUGAAAUGACAUGACCUGUUACUCGCAAAUGUGAAUCUAACUGCUCACCGACGAAACCUUAAUCAUUACUUUGGCCAAGUGGCAUGAGCCAGCACUCAAGCUUCGUAAGACUAAGCCCUCAGUCUGUGCAAUUCGGCAAUUCGUUGAAAGUGGUGUGUCGAUAAAAAAAUAUAUAGGAGUUAACAUUACAAACUCAAAACUAUUUUGUGUAAAUGUUUUUGUUUCAAGGAUCACUAGAAAUCACUAAACUAAUAUUUACUGCAGUUGUAUGACCACAUUUUUUUUUUUUUAAUAACUGCAUCACAUCUGUGUGGCAUGGAGUCAAUAAAUUUAUGGGAUCAUCCAGCUGUUAUUCCACUCUAAGACAUUUUAGUUUAUUUUAGUUGGUUUGCGACAAAGACUGCAUGUUUAAUAGUAUGUUUAGGGUCAUUGUCUUUUGAAACACCCAUUUCAAGGGCAUUUCCUUGUCAGUAUUUGAUAUGUUCAGUAUUUUGCAUCUUUAUUGAUUUUGUGAAAUUGCUGAGAACUUUAUUGCCAAUUUUGUUAAAGGUAUUUAUGCUAAUAUUGUCUUAAAACUAAUACAGUUUACAGUUCAUUUUGUCUCAAUAUCUCAAAUGCAAAUACUAUAAUAGCCAAUGUUUUAGCACUUGAACAUUGAUUUAGUUUUAAACGCACAUGAGGUCUUGAUUGAGGUGUGCAUCUUUUUUUCAUUUCAUCAGCUUGCCCCAAAACAAUUUGUGUGCUUGCUGAUAGCUCAUGAAUAUCCAUGAGCUAUCAUAAAAUUGCUGAGUUUUCAGAUCAGGCUGCUUGGAUUGUGGUCGCACCUGCAUACAUACACACAAGCCCUUGUUGCGCAGUAAACAGUUUCAGAGGUCUUUUUCUAAAACAGCAUAAUUCAUAGCCAAUAAAAUUUUAAAUGAAAUUCAGGUCCAUGCUUAAUUCAUCACAACCAUUUAGGUUGUUUUUUAUAUCUUCUGCUUUUUCUAAAGGGGAGAGUUGAACUGGGACAAUCAGUCACUUCUUCUUCCCCCUGAGUAUUAUUAUUUUUUUUUUUUUUAAUUUUCGAGAGAGGAGCUUGAUGGUUUGAAGGAGGGUUGAGAGGAGGUCGCUUAGAACACCAACAAUCUCCAACAUACAAAAGAUUCAAUUAACCC